AUGGUUUUAUAUAAACGAAAACAAGUUAAAUUUGUACCACCACCGCCAGUACCUCGGGAUUUAAAUACUCAAGUAUGGGUUAUUAAUGAGACAAAAGAAUGGUUUCUUAGUUAUGAGGAUUAUUUGUCAAGAUUAGAUUAUUAUAAUCAAAAUAAAUUUGUUUGUGAAAUUACUGGUAAUUCAUGUUUAACAUAUUUUGAAGCUUUUGAUUCAGAAUUACAUGAGAAAAAAGAAGUUGAUAAGAAUUUCCCUGAAGCUUUAAAAGAGCAUUUGUUAAGGUAUUUAAAUUUUAAUAGAUGCACAAGAUUAGAUCAGUUAGUUGAUAAAGUUUAUACGAUGUUUAAAAAUGAUUAUUUCCCAGGCGAAACAAUAUAUUUGAGAAAUUUAGAUCAAUUACAAAGUCAACAAUUAAAUGUUACAACCAAUUCGAGUAUCAAAUCAAGAGGGAUAAUUCGAGAAAAAGUUCAAUAUUCGCAAGAUCAGCCGACAAAAUAUUUGGUUAUUUCUUUAAUUAAUGGUCAGCAACAAAUUGUUUCAUCUCAUAAUAUUUCAAGAGAUAGAAAUCAUUUUACAAAAUGGUUAAUUAAGACGUUUAUAAAAUUAACGAUGUCUAGGUCUCAUAAAGUUGGUGCACCUUGGGUUGUUAAAACAAAAUAUGCGAAAAAAUAUUCAAUUCCCACGAUUUAUCCUGACGAUUUAAAACAAUUUAUUGAAUCGACUCCGACUGGAGAAAUUAGUUAUAUUCAACCAAAGAAAAAAAGAGGUCCUCAGCCAAAUGAUGAUACUGAAAAAAGAAAAAAAAUUAAAGAUGAGUUAACUAUUCAUAUAAUGAAUGAAAAUAAUAAUAUACCUUAUAGAAGAAAAUUUCCAAAUCAUUAUAUACCAGAGAUUUAUCAAAAAGAAUUAAUGGAAGAAGAUGAUAUAAAAGGGACACCAUCAGGAUUAUCACAAUUUCAACCAACUAAGAAAACUUUAGUUGAAGAUUUGACUUUAAAAUUUGAUUUACAAAAUCCAAAACCAAAGCCUAAAUUGUAUAAUAUACCAGAAAAUGCAAGAACAACAACAACAACCACCUCCACCACCUCCACCGCCACCAAACAAAAGUUGACAUCUAUAUCAGAGGCAUUACAAUCUUGGAUUUUUAUAAAUGUUUAUCAUAAUGUUUUAAAUAUUGAUACUUUUACAUUUGAUGAUUAUGUUUAUGCAAUGGGUUGGAAUUUAAAACAAUUUAAUAAAAUUGGAAAUUGUGAAUUAUUAGAUGAAAUUUGGUGUUGUAUUUUAUCUUCAAUUGUAUCAAAUGAAAAACCAUCUCCAAAAGAAGCUUUAAAAAGUAAAGAAAAAGAUCAAAUAUUUGGAUUAAAUAUUAAUAUACCGAUUGAAAACAAUGAUUCUGAAGAUGAAGAUGAAGAUGAAGAUGAAGUUAAUGGAUCAGAAUCUGAAUCUGAAACUGAAACAAAAGCAUUAGAAAUUGAUGAUGAUGAUGAUGAUGAUGAUGAUGAAAAAUCUGAAACAGAAAUGUCACCAAAAAACAAAAAGAAAACAAAAUCUCCAAAACCCAAAUUAAAUCAUAAUGCUUAUGAAGCAAUGAAUCAUGGAUCACCAUGGCAUGAAAAAUUAAGAAGAAGAAAUUUUAAAGAUGGAAAUUGGCAGUGUAUAUUACUUGGUGUUUUAUCAAUGGUUGAGCAUAUUUCAAUUUAUAAACCAAUUAUAGAAGAAAUUUAUAAAACAUUAGCCCCAUCUAAUCAACAGCCAAAUCCAACAACAAUAAAAAGAAAUUUUUAUCAACAUUUAAAUAUAAAUUUAAAAUUUAAAGCUAUUAAUAUUUUAACUGAUUUAAUUAUGACAUCAUCACCAUUAGUUCGGAAUUAUAUUGAUGAAUCAUUGGAAAAUUCAACUGCAAUUCGAAGACAAAGAUUAGAAAAUUUAAAAGAAUAUAGAAUUGCAUAUGAAUUAUUAAGAAAUGCUCAAGAUUAUAUUGGAUCAGAAUUACCUGAAGGAAUUACUCCAAGUACUACUCUCGAAUUAAAUCCAACAGAAUUAGAACUUUCCAAAUCUGAUCCUGAAUUUAAAAAACAAAUCAAUAUUCGAAUUGAAUCCAUUAAUAAAAUGAAUCAAAUUCGAAAUGAUAAAAAAAUUUACGAAACAAAAUUAACUGAAUUAGAUUGUCAAAGAGUUAAAUUAUUAGGUAAAGAUAGAUUAUAUAAUCGAUAUUGGUGGUUUGAAAAUAAUGGAUUACCAAAUUUACAACAUAGUAGAAGAGAUGAAGAUGAAGAUGAAGAUGAAGAUGAAGAAAAUGAAAAUGAAAAUGCAAAAGAAAAAAUAAAAGAAGAAGAAGUAGAAGAAGAGGAUAUUUCUGAUUCUAGUUCUGAUUCAGAUGAUGAAGUUAAAGAUGAAACUUAUUUAAUGGGUAGAUUAUGGGUUCAAGGUCCUUGUGAUCAUGACCUAAAUGUAAAUUUCAAAUUAGAUCCAGAAAAAGCAAAGGAAAUAGAUGAAUUACUUGAUUUUCAAGGUAUUGAAGAAUCAAUUUUAAAACCAUCAUUGAAAAGAGGAGAACCUAAAAAAAUGAAUUUUGAAAACUUAUCCCCCAAUUUUAAAUCUACGGUAUUGAAAAAUUUUAAUUUAGAUUUUCAUGAUUCUGAUAUAUAUAAAGUAAAUGAUAUCAAGAAAGAAAUAAUUGAAAAAAAUGGUACAAAUAACAUGGAACAAGAACAAGUUCAAGAUAAAGAAAAUAUCAGUUCUGAUCUUAUUUUAAAUCAUGAGGGAUCUUUAUUACGUCCCCUUAAUGAAAUAACCAACAUUCAACGUAAAUUAAUUGAAGAAUGUCCCGAUCCAUUACUUAAUGGACUGAAUUGGAGAUAUUACGAUUCACCAGAAGAAAUAUCAAAACUUAUAUCUUGGUUGAAUCCAUGGGGGAAAAGAGAAAGUUCAUUACGUAAAGAAUUAUCAUCUGCAAAAGAAGCAAUUAUAUCUUCAAUGAAAGCUAGAAGAAAAGCAUUAUGGAUUGAUUGCCUACCUUCCGAUGAAAUAAAAUUGAAGAAAAAUAUACAAGAAUUGGAAAAUUAUCAAAAUGGAAAUGAUAAAGAAAAUGAAGAAGAAAAUGAGGAAAUAGGAACAAAAAGGAGAUUGAAAACUAGAGAUUCAUCUAGAAAAAAACAAAAAUUGAAUUCAAUUGAAGAUGUUUUACAAUUUGGUGAUAUAGAAGAUAGAAAAAAUUGGAUUGAUAAAUUUCAAAAAGAAUUGGAUGAAAGGCAAUAUCAACGUGAAUUGGCUCGAGUUACCGAAUGGAUAAAUUCAAAAGCAUUAGAUGAAUUCGGUAUGAGUUUAUAUGAAGGUGGUGAUAAAAAGAAUAAAGGUAGACCAAGUAAAAAGAAAGAUAAAAAGAAAGAAAAAGACGAGUAA